UCUCCGUGUCCCAAGACACCUUAUUUAUGUCUCUCUUGAACUCUUGUCUGACAUGAACUCAAAUACCUACUCUACCAUCAGAUCACGCAAGGCGGCUGAUUCAAGUACAAUAUUCUCAGUCCGUGUCAAAUAGCCGUCCUGGCGGGAGCCUCUUGUCGCACAUCACUUUUAAUCAAAAUGCAAUCAAAAGAAGGCCAGCAUCAGCUCACGGGUUCUCCUCUCAGAUGGGCACAUCUGACCCUUUCAUUCAUCAUCUCGAUCUCUGUUCCAAACUCAAACCAAAAAAACAAGACGACGCACUUUCUUCUCACUCACUAACUUACUCACCACCUUUUCACCCUCAUCAUCACUCAUUUGCUCAAAAGCGCGCACCAGAUAACUCACUCAGACUGCACGCACGCAACACAUUCCCAACGCAGACUGGACUAGAGAGCCACGCACUCCUGCCCCACCGCACCCUGGUUGGCGUCGCGGUGGCGUUUUCAGUGGCGGCCUUGGCGCAUAAAUCGCCAGCCCUUGCCCGCUUGGAGCAGCCGAGAGCCAUGCAGCCCAUGCAGCGAGCAGCAGCCACGACCACCUUUGGUCUCGUUCCGACCGAGCCAAUCACCACCCGGUCGUCGAGAUGUUUCGUUCGUAAAGCAAGACUCUUGUUUCGGCCGAGGGAAGAAGAGAGAGAAGAAGCUUUCGGGGGAAAUACUACUGUGUAUCCAGUGAUUCCAGUCUGAGAUGAGAUGAUGUGAUCUGACCUGCUCUGCUCU